GCUAGCUCGACACUAGCACCCCAAAUCGCCUUAUGGUUGUUAAGACUUCAACGGUUUUUCCAUGUCUGCAGGAAUUUGUUUCUCAAAGCAGCAGUAGUAGAUAAGAACCGCGGACCAGACACGGGAUAUCAUCGUGGAUAUUUUUGUACCAUUUGAAGAUACAAGGCUUUCCUGUUCAUUUAAAGAUAUACUUCGUCCCCCCGGUCCUGUGAUUAAGGAGUUGUUGCCGUCCUUUCAGCUGUCGGGUGUAAGAAGGAGGGGAAGCAAAGAUGCCGAAACCGAUCAAUGUCCGUGUGACCACCAUGGAUGCAGAGCUGGAGUUUGCCAUCCAACCAAAUACUACAGGGAAACAGCUCUUUGACCAGGUGGUGAAGACGGUGGGACUACGGGAGGUCUGGUUCUUCGGCCUGCAGUAUGUGGACAGUAAAGGCUACAGCACUUGGCUCAAACUCAACAAGAAGGUGACUCAGCAGGAUGUGAAGAAGGAGAACCCUCUGCAGUUUAAGUUCAGAGCCAAGUUUUUCCCUGAGGAUGUCUCGGAGGAGCUAAUCCAGGAGAUCACACAGAGGUUAUUCUUCCUGCAGGUGAAGGAGGCUAUUCUGAACGAUGAGAACUACUGUCCUCCAGAGACUGCCGUGCUUCUGGCGUCGUACUCUGUCCAGGCCAAGUAUGGAGACUACAACAAAGAUGUCCACAAGGCUGGGUACCUAACCCACGACAGACUGUUGCCUCAGAGAGUCCUGGAGCAGCACAAGCUUACCAAAGAGCAGUGGGAGGACAGAAUACAGACCUGGCAUGAAGAACACAGAGGAAUGCUCAGAGAGGACUCUAUGAUGGAAUAUCUUAAAAUCGCCCAGGACUUGGAGAUGUACGGAGUCAACUACUUUGAGAUCAAAAACAAAAAGGGCACACAGCUGUGGCUGGGCGUAGAUGCCCUUGGCCUCAAUAUCUACGAACACGAAGACAAGUUGACGCCAAAGAUCGGCUUCCCUUGGAGUGAAAUUCGAAACAUCUCUUUCAAUGACAAGAAGUUUGUCAUCAAACCCAUUGACAAGAAAGCUCCUGACUUUGUGUUUUAUGCCCCACGACUGCGCAUCAACAAGCGCAUCUUGGCGUUGUGUAUGGGUAACCACGAGCUGUACAUGAGGAGGAGGAAGCCCGACACCAUCGAGGUGCAGCAGAUGAAGGCUCAGGCCCGGGAGGAGAAGCACCACAAACAGAUGGAGAGGGCCCAGCUGGAGAAUGAGAAGAAGAAGCGAGAGUACGCGGAGAAAGAGAAGGAGAGGAUCGAGCAUGAGAAAGAGGAACUGAUGGACAGGCUGAGGCAGAUUGAAGAGCAGACGAUGAGAGCUCAGAAAGAGCUCCAGGAGCAGACUCGCCGCGCCAUGGAGCUGGAACAGGAGAGAAUAAGGGCGAGGGAGGAGGCCGAGAGGCUGGAGAGAGACAGACAUGCAGCGGAGGAGGCCAAAGCAGAGCUGGCCAAGCAGGCUGCAGACCAGCAGAAGACCCAGGAACAACUGGCUGCUGAACUGGCUGAAUUCACAGCCAAGAUCGCUCUCCUGGAAGAAGCCAAGAAGAAGAAAGAUGAAGAGGCCGUAGAGUGGCAGCACAAGGCUCUGUCCGCCCAGGAGGACCUGGACAAAACCAAGGAGGAGCUGAAGACAGCGAUGACUGUAGUGCCGGCUCCUCUGGACAACAACGCCGAGAGCGACCAGGACGAGCACGAUGAGAUCAACGAGGAAGCCAGCGCCGACUUAUUCACUGAGGGCGUCAGCCAGCUCGACCUCCGCAGUGAAGAGGCUCGCGUCACCGAAGCCCAGAAGAACGAGAGGGUCAAGAAACAGCUGCAGACAUUAAGCACAGAGCUGGCCGAUGCCAGAGAUGAAACCAAGAAGACGCCGAACGACGUGCUUCACGCCGAGAACGUGAAAGCAGGCCGAGACAAAUACAAAACGCUCCGGCAGAUCCGGUCGGGCAACACGAAGCAGCGCAUCGAUGAGUUUGAGUCCAUGUGAGCACCGCACCUCUUGUCCCCUAAAGGGUUCAUGCUCCCGAACUUUCCCCUUAGCAGCUACCCAGUUUUCAUGGACAACAGAUGCUGCCGUCCCACCAAGUCCACCUCAACACCCCUGGCAAUCUUGAGAAAUCAUCUUGUCAAACUUUGCCAAAGUCCUGCCGCACACCUCCUCUCUGAAUGUUCCGGAUCUCCCUCUUGUACGGAGCUGACUGCAGAUAUCUGUAGUCCUUAAACACAGGAGAAAAGAGAAACUGUAAAACCAAAAUGGAAGCAAUUGGAUUUUAUUUUGAGCAAACAUGGCCAUAGAAAGCUGCUUUUGUUGUUGUUUUUGUUUUGACUCUUAUGCAAAGGUUUCGUAUGAUUUCAUGUCUUCAGUUUAAUAUUCCUCUUGUUUUUAAGUUGUUUUCCUCUGCUUUAGUUGGACUCGUUUUAUUGAUGAUGCCCUCCUUUUUUUAGUUGCCUUCAGCUACAAGCUUUGAAUAAGAUAAAAAACUAGGUCAAUAUUUUCAUUCAGCGUCCAAAGCACUUAUGUUACAUCAUUUUGAAAACAUAUUACUGUGUAUAACAUGUUAUGAUAGAGACAUGUUAUCACCGUAUUAUAGAGUUACCUGCCCAUCUGCUUGUAGGCCUCCUCAGCCACAGCGAAGAUGUGGGGGUCCAUGUCCCCCAUGUUCUGGCCACUGUAGGCCCGGAUCACUUCCUCUCCGUAGAUAUGGAGCUGGUCAUACGGGUUGAUGGCCACCAGCACUAUGCCUGCAGACACACAGGGAUAUACAUUCAUAUAUAACCUAUGAUUCAUUAUUAUAACAUGUACAUGUGUGUAGAUGUGGUUGGGCUCUAGGAAGCGGACCCUCAGGUUGUGCAGCACUGCAGGUUCAUGAAGGUAGCUCAGCACCGUCAGGUCGUUCUCCCCCACCAGGAUGUCCGGGUUACGCAGGAAGGGGAGGGGCUUCCCCUUCUGACCCACCGGGUAGGCCAGCGUCUGAGCACACACACACACACACACUUCAUACAUCUGUACGAACACACAUUCCAUAUAUCUGUACAAACACACACAUACACUCACUUAACAUAUCAGUACAUACACACUCAUUCACUAUGAUGUCAUCAGUGGGUACAGCUAGCCGUGCUAAUUCUCUUAGCACCUGUGAGUCGUUAGAGAGCUGAGCUAAGGUCGUUUGAAUCAAACUCAAUGUUACAUUUAUAUGUUGAUACGAAAAAUCACACCGCAGUAUUUUAAUCGUUGUUUUUUUUUCCGGCAAUAGAGCAGUAAGUUAUUGACCCUCGUGGAGAAAAGGAGACGGGUUUCGGUGAAGAAAUGUAGCAAAGGUAACAAAGGGAAAGUGUUUUUCACACGCAGAGGUGAUAGGAUAACAUGUAAUGAGCCUGUUUCGCCUUCAAGCUUUAAAAGUAUGAUAAUGGCUAAUGGUUGUACAAAACUUCCAGUUGCGUCUGAGUGUUUUAUUCCCAGUCACCAUAGAUGGUUUUCUCGGCCCACCAGCUCACAAAGAAACCCAGGGUGUUAGACGGACAGACGGAGGAUGCUGUUUGUCCGUCCGUCUGACUCUUUGAGUAUCUGUUUGUCAAUGUGUUCACAAGCUGAGACCUGGCUCAUUUCUGACUGGAGAGCUUAUGAAAACAUCUGUUCUUCACCCAGGACACAUCUCUACCUCAGAGAGCAGUGGGGGACUGACAGUCAAACACUCAAUGCCUUAACUAAAACUAAAAGUAUAGUCAUGAUUUCACUUGGUUGCUGAGUGGUGCUCCUGUGAAGGCUUGCUUUGUGGCUGUGCAUUGGGGAAAGGAUGUAACGCGUCUAAGAAAAAACACUUUCUGACCUAGAACUCAGCUAGGAAGUUUCAUAAUCUAGUGGUUCACUUGGUCUGGAAUGAAAAUCCCAAACAAUGAGGAAAUGAGUUAGAGAUCAGACUUGAGAUGUACUGAACAGAAGGUCUUUUUCCUGUGAAGCAUUUGGUUCCUAUUGUUGGUGGUGGUUCUCCUGUAUAAUAGUUUAUAGUAUAUUACUUUAAGAAAGCAGUUUGCAGACCAAUGGAUUUAUCGGAAUGAAUUGGUUAUUAUUAGUUCUUAAUGUGAUGGGACAAAUCUCUGCAAAGUCAAAUGGAGAGUAGGCUAAUAUAUUCCCCUUGCAUAGUCGAUUCUCAUCCUGACAUUAUUUGUGCUCGGACAACAAACUGACUCCAUCUUUUGUGGGGUGGGAAAUAUUCUCCAGGGAGCGUUUUUGAAAUGAUUUUUAUUUUAUUAACGAAAAAAAUGUUUAAUUUGUUACGCUAUACUUGACAGCUGGUUUAGGUUGUUCUUUUUUUUGUUGUAUUGUCCGAGUUUUUAAGUUAAAGCACUUAGACACUGAAGCCUGCCUCUUGUGUUCCCAUCACAGUGUCCUUUGCCAUAGCAGGUGAACACAAAUGAUCCUGUGCUUCCAACUCAUAUUUUUGUAUUGUGUUCAAAGACCCUAAACCAGCAGCGUCACUAUUACAGACGGCUUCAUUGGAUGGAACAUCUCUUGUUGACAGGUCUACAUUGUCUUCACAGCAAAGUGUAUUAACUCCAAUGAAGCCAGUGUCUGUGAUAAUGCCUGCUCUGGCACCAGCUGUCAUGUUCUGCCGUUUGUUUUUCUCUAUGUUCAUGUUAGUAUUCUCUAAGAUCGAAGGCAAUGAUGGAUUGCAGUCCACUUCAUUGGUUUGCGAAUAAAAAGUUUUAAAUGUUAA